GCUGCAACAUGACGGCACUGAGACCCUGCGGAACCAAAGUGACCUGCCAAGCAACCGAGAACGAGUGACGACGACGUGCUAACCAGUUAGCCGGAUAGCUAUCGCUAUCUGGUGUGUGCGCGGUGGAGGUGAUUUAUAUAUGAUAUAGAGCAAUAAUCCAGAAUAUAUUGUAUUUUAUUUUAGGUUAGCCAUCCAGGUAAUUUAAUUAUGCCCAGCAAAAAGAAGAAAUACAACGCCAGAUUCCCUCCGGCAAGGAUUAAGAAGAUUAUGCAAACAGAUGAAGAAAUAGGCAAAGUGGCUGCAGCAGUACCUGUUAUUAUUUCGAGAGCCUUGGAGCUUUUCUUGGAAUCGUUGCUUACAAAGGCUUGUCAAGUCACCCAGUCUAGGAACGCAAAGACAAUGACAACGUCACAUUUAAAGCAGUGUAUCGAGCUGGAGCAACAGUUUGAUUUCUUAAAAGACCUGGUGGCAACAGUGCCAGACAUGCAGGGCGAGGGGGAGGAGAACCACACUGAGGGGGGAGGAGAAAAAGUCCCACGCAGGGGUCGAAAACCAGGGUCUGGUCGUAAGAAUGGAGGGGCUGGCUCUAAAGGCAAGGACAAGAAGUUGUCCGGCACAGAGUCGGAACAAGAGGACGACUCCGAGGACAGCGAGACAGACGGGGACGAGGAGGACGGCUCUCAGUCAAGCACAAAUCAGCAGGCUGCAUCCAGGUUCCACAGCCCUAACGCACCCCCCCACUACAUGCAGAUGGGCAACAUGGUCUCAAUGGGCAGCAUGGCCCCAGCACAGCCCCAAGGCGGCAUGGCCUUCGUCCCGCACCCCUCCAUGAUGAGCGCAGCACCGCCUCCCCCACCCCCUGCGACACACAAAACCGAGGAUGAUGACGAUGAAGACUAUGACUCUUAGCUCCCUCUGCCGUCUUCACCCCCCUCCCCUCCCCCCCAACACACACACACACACACACACACACACACACACUUACACACACACGCUCUCUUUCAACGUUCUUUUCAAUUUCUUAAGUUGCUCUCACGGCGGUCGCUCUCAACAGAGGAGGGAAAGACUCUUCGUCGCAGCCCGCUCAACAGAAAAGCGCUCGACAACCGGCUAUACAAGACGCCGCCGCUGGAGACAGGAAACUGGUUGUAUAUUAUGUGUUUUAAUUUUCAGUUGUUGUUUUUUUUUUUUUUUUUUUUAAAAAAGGUUUUAUUUUAUUGUAGAGGAGAAUCCAACCAGGAUGUUUUUUAACAAGUAAGUCGUUCAGUUUUGACUAUUAAAAAUGGCGGUCGUCACUGUUUUUUCCAUGAGCCCCCCUCUCCCCCCCUGCAGACAGGAUAGGUGUGGUUUGUGUUGCCUUGUAGCUUUUUCUUUAGGCACUUUUCAUUCUUUUUCAAUCCUCAGUGAUACGCAUACGAAGUCAGCAUAUCAGUCAUCGUCACUCAAACCCUCAGGUUGGCUAAAAAAAAAAAAAAAUUCAGUAAGUGGUAGUUAAGGCCUUUGAUGCGCAUACAAAGACUGCUACUUUAGAUUUGUUCAGGGCAACAGUUUGUAAAGUAUUUGGAAGGUGAUCAGCACUCGUCUGAGGUAACAGAGGUCAUCGUCUCACCCAUGAAGUGUUAUAUUACUAUGUUAUCGAUCGACUCUGAAAUACUGCAGUUAACAUGUGAGCCCUACUUCCCGGCUUUGUCACAUCUCGCUAGUCAGUCCAAUUGUCAGGCUGUAACAUAAACAAGGAAGCAGGUGUAUUUUUACUAUAGGUUAGCUAAUCACAGCUUUUUUCAAUUCCUUUCUAUUUUUAAUUCACGUUUUUAUCAAGAGAACUGUAACCCUCCACAACCACAGCCCUGAAGUCAACCAUAUCAACAGGUUAAUUCCCAUUCUGUUUGUUGUUGUUUUUUGACGCUGUCAAAGGUUCUUUGCUCCGGCGGUCGGAACUGGUAUAUAAUUCUUUAUGACCAUGAAAUUUCCCCCUAAUUCCCAUCAGAAGUAUACUGUGACACUUGGACCAUAACUUUGUUUUUAAAGUUGUUUGUCUCCUCUGUCCUCUCUUAUUUCUAUUCUGGCCACCCCUCCCAAUUAUGAGUAACUCUUCUUUUUUGUUCAACAUUUCCCCCCCCCCCCUCCCCCUCUUUUAGAUUGUUUUAAAUGUAUCAAUUGAAAGCAGAGAUGGGGCUCCCAUUUAUGUGUCAGUCUCAGUAUGUAAUGUUGACACUGUAUUGUAAACUUUUAACAUUCUUUUUAUUUUGUAUGGGUGAAAUAAAGUUCACAUUUCAAUUAAAAAAAGCAACACUUG